CCUCCUCCCUCCCUUCCUUCCUUGCCACGGCCACCGCCCACCGACGGCGAACCCACCCGACCCCGCUCCUCCGCCGACGCCGGCCCAUUUUCCAGGACGAGAUCCGGGGGGCUCUGCUCCCCACGUAACCCCCCAAUCCCCACCCGCGCCCGGUCCAGUCCCCCGAGCCCAGCAGAUUCGGAUCCGCCGGCGAUGGAUCCCGCGGAGGAGAGCUCUCCGCCGCCUGCGGACGUCCACGAGGAGCCCGCGGAGGCGGUGGAAGAAGAUAAGGCGGCGGCGGCGGCGGUUCAGGUGGAGCCCGCGGCGCCGGUAGAGGAAGAGCGGGCGGCGGAGAGAGGAAGCGAUCACGCCGGUGAGGGCGGCGCGGAGCGGAGCCGGGAGGAGCUGGAGCGGGUGGUCAUGGAGCUCAGCUUCCAGAACGAGUACCUAAAGUCCCAGAUCGCGGCGAGCAGCGCCGAGGGCGCCAGCAGGGAGAGGGGCGCGGAGGAGGGGUCGGAGCUCGUGAGGGGCUUGAGGGAGCAGGUCGAGAGGCUGAGGAAGGAGGUGGAGGAGCAGAAGCAGACGCAGAGAGCCACGGAGAAGGCCCUCGAGCACGUCAAUGUCGCCUACGCCGAGGCGGACGCCAAGGUCCAGGACCUCACCGCCAAGCUCACCGAAGCUCAGCAGAAAAUGGAUAAAGAAAUAAAAGAGCGAGAUGACAAAUACGUUGAGUUGGAUACCAAGUUCCAGAGGCUUCACAAGCGUGCUAAGCAACGGAUACAGGAUAUACAGAAGGAAAAGGAUGACCUGGAAGCUCGCUUUAAUGAAAUUAACCAGAAGGCUGAGCAGGCCUCUUCUCUCCAGUUGGCAGCACAGCAAGAAGUGGAACGUGCUCGUCAGCAGGCUAGUGAGGCUUUACGGUCAAUGGAUGCUGAAAGGCAGCAACUACGAACGGUGAACAGCAAGUUAAGAGCUAACCUUGAUGAGUCACGUGUUGCACUGGAGGCCAGGAAUAAUGUCCUUGAGAAGUUGCGACAAUCAUUGCUUGAAAAAGAACAGUUGUUAGAGCAAACCCAAGCAUCACUUCAAUCUGCGGAAGAAAAGAGAAAUACAUAUAUUGCGGAGCUUACUGCUAAGCAUCAGAAGCAAUCUGAAAGCUUGGAGGCACAGCUAGCUGAGGUUUCUGCAGAGAGGACAAAGGCAUCUGAAACAAUUAAAUCUCUGCAGAUGGUGCUUGUCGAGAAAGAUUCUGAAAUAGCUGAAAUUGAAGCAGCUUCAACUGGAGAAGCUGCUCGAAUUAGAGCUUCCAUGGAGGAGGUUAAAGGCGAGCUUGCUCAUCUAAAGGACCAACAUGAAAAAGAAAGGCAAAACUGGGAAACCACUUGUGAAUCCCUUAGGACAAAAUUGGAAGCAUCAGAAAGUGCAUGCCUUAGAUCUGAGAUAGAAUCUGCGAAAGUUAAAAGUCAACUGGAGUUGGAGUUGUCAAAACAAAAUCAAUUGUUACAAAGCAAAGAUUCUGAUCUACAGGCUGCAAAAGCUGAGAUUAGUCGUCUGGAAAGUGAAUUUUCCGCAUAUAAGGUCCGCGCACAUGCACUUCUGCAAAAGAAGGAUGCAGAGCUGAACACAGCUAAAAACUCAGAUUUGCUUAAAGCAAAUGAAGAAGCAAUGAUGGAAGCUGAAAAGGAAAUUUCAGUUGCCUUAGCAGAAAGAGAUAAAGCCAUCCACGACCUUCAAGUUGCUCAAUCCAAAUAUGGUGAAGAUAUUGAAGCAAGGGAUUUGGCUCUUGCUGAUUCUGACAAAAAAUUAAAGAAUGCCAUGGAAAAAUUGGAUUCUCUUACUUCUAAAUUCCUAUCGGAAAAAGAAUCAUGGGAGAAAAACCUGGCAAGUGUAGAGGAAAGCUGGAGAUUAAAAUGUGAAUCUAUGAAGGCUCAGAGCAAUGGGCAUGCUGGAGAUGAACUUAAGAAGAACUUGGUGGAGUUGACAUUGAAAUAUGAGAAACUGAAGGAUGAGCAUGAUUCUUUCCGUGAUAUUGCUGAUAGAAUGCUUGAAGAGAAGGACCGGGAGGUGGCUAAGCUCCUCAGGGAAAACAAGGAUCUUCAUAGUUCUUUAGAGGCUAAAGCAGCAAUUAGCAACAAUGGGAAUCAAAAUCCAGGACCUGUUAAACAGGAUGCAAUGGACAUUGAACUGGCUGAGCAGCAAAUUCUGCUUCUUGCACGGCAACAAGCACAAAGAGAAGAGGAAUUGGCUCAGUCACAGAGGCAUAUAUUAGCACUUCAACAAGAAAUUGAGGAGCUUGAGCGUGAGAAUCGCCUUCAUGAUCAACAGGAAGCAAUGUUGAAGACUGAGCUUCGUAAUAUGGAGAGAUCACAAAAACGAGAAGGAAUAGAUAUGACAUAUCUAAAAAAUGUGAUUCUAAAGCUUCUGGAAACAGGGGAAGUGGGAGCAUUGCUGCCUGUGGUUGCAACAUUACUACAAUUUAGCCCUGAAGAGCUAACGAAGUGUCAGCACGGUGUCCUUUCAACCGUGGCUUCAUCGCAAGCUGCUGCGGUACCGGACGGUGGAUCCACGCCGAAUUCGUUCUUUUCAAGAUUCACAUUCUAGUAGAGAGAGGUACAGGACAUAGAUUAACAUUCUAGCUGGGGAGUAGCCGGAGAGGAUGCUAUUUGCGUUGGUGAUCCACGAAAUCCCAGCGGUUUUUGCUGGCCAUGGACUAUUCUAUUUGUUUAUUGUUUCCAGUUUGCCUCUUCCUCUCGUCACGUUCUGUAAAACUAGUGUAUAUAAACAUCAUGAACAUCCGUGGCGCAUAUGGGUUCAGGGACAGCUGAAAAAUGAAUAGUCCGAUAGGAAGAAAUAUAUUGUUCUCUAUGACGAGGAAAAAUGUUGUACAAUCACAUUACCUUGAGUAUUUGAAAACGAAAAUCGUGAAUCAUACUGAUUUG